GUUAUAGUGCCUUGGAUAACAUGUUUGCUAUACAUCAUUUGAACUCAUACUCGCUUGCCCUCACCCUCUGUGACCGGCCAUAAAACCGGCGACAAACUUGUUGAUGCUCAUGCUCACCGGCCUUCCCACAACUUCGCGGCCCGUAAAAGCAGUUACAGCUUGCCCCCUUCGCGCUUUCAGCGUGAACGCUCGCCGAGCCGGGAGUUUGACUCCAUCUGCAACACUUGCGCAGUUGCAAGAAGACGCGAUGCCGCCGACUAACCGUGUGGCAGACCCUGAGGAUGCGGAGAAUACAAAGAACUCGGUGUGCCCUCGCAUCAAUAUGAUCCCGGUCAAGUACACCAAGACCAUCCACUUUGUCCGCCACGGGCAAGGGUUCCACAACGUGGCAGGACAAAUAAACCACGACAACUACAAGAGCUGGGAGCACUUUGACGCGCAUCUGACGGAGCUGGGCUGGCGGCAGGCAGAGAACCUGGGCAAGCACGUGGCUGCCACCCGGCUGCCUGUUGAGCUGGUGGUGGUGGCGCCGCUGCAGAGGGCCAUGGAGACGGCGGUAGCGGCGUUCGGCAAACACGAGGACCCAGCAGUGGCGGCAGCAGCGGCCUCUGGAGCUGCGAACGGGAACGGGAACGGCGUGUCGUCGUCCUCGGGGGACGACGUGCCGCUGCUGAUGGUGGCGCAGGAGGGUGUGGAGGGGAAGGCCACGGCGCACGCGGCGGUGUCGGGGCGCGGCUGCCCGCCCUUCCUGGCGCACGAGCUGUGCCGGGAGCACAUCGGUGUGCACCCAUGCGACAAGCGCAGCAGCAUCACUGAGUACCGGAAGCGGUUCCCGGGCAUCGACUUCUCGCUGGUGAGCCCGGACGAGGAUGUGCUGUGGACCGCCGACGUGCGCGAGAGCAAGGAGGCCAUCCGUCGCCGCGGCCUCGCCUUCCUCAAGUGGCUGCUGACGCGGCCCGAGCGGGAGAUUGCGGUGGUGACGCACUCCAGCUUCCUGCACUUCACGCUGUCGUGCUUCGGACACGGCGCGGCGACGCAGGUGCAGGGCGAGCUGCACAAGUGGUACGAGAAUUGCGAGAUGCGCACGGUGGUGCUCACAGACGACAGCGACGAGGGCGUGGCGGCGGCCUCGCACGGGGCCACCGACCCCUGGCACUUCGCAGGCGGUUCGAACGCCGUCAGCGGCCAGCAGCAGUAGUUUGGCCGGGGGAGCACGGGAUUUGAAGGGGCCUGCUGAGCUGGUCCGGCUGGCGUGUAGCGGUCGCUGUCUGCCGCCGCUGGCCUCUGCAGCGGCGGGUGCGCCAGUCGUCGUUUGCAUGGUCAGCAAGGCGGUGAUGAACGGACGCAAGGUGGCGUGACUCAAUAUAAUGUGCUGGCGUGCGUACAGCUAAGGCACUGCGAGCGGCGGGCGUGCUGGGUGUAGUGUUGCUGUAGAAAUCUUCUUGACCGGUACAGUGAGCUCAGUCUACUACAUUGAUCCUUUCGUAACGUGCGUUAAUUUUAUAUCGAUUAAGUGGAGAUCCCACGCGGGGUCGCCCUCUAGCAAGUCUAGCAAGAUCAGGACACCCGGUUAAAACCUCCAAAGCUCCAAGCAUGUGUCCAUGUAACCUUGCCUUCCG